GUAUUCGACGAGACUCGACCCCAAAUCGAAUUUACCUUACAUCUGUCCGUCCCGCUUAGAGCGUUAAUUUCGAUGUAUAGAUAUUCGUUUGCUGUCGGUGGUUUGUUUUGUUUGCAGACCGUUGGUAAUGAGUGAAUUUCUUGACGAAAAGCAGAAUCUACGCUUGUUCGUGUGAUGUAGUAAAUUCGUCAUGCAGGCCUGAGGCUAUGUAGUAGGCUACUUCAAGCUGGGUAGGAAAGCCAAGGAUGUGGAUUUGGUAUAUUUUGCUAACUUCUGGGCCAGGACCUAACUUGGCUGGCAGCCCGCCUCCCCCAGGACACCCCAUCACCGCCGCCACCUGCAGCGUCGCAGGCAACUUCACGUGUGAGGAUGGACAGUGUGUCCCUGGAGCUGUGCGCUGUGAUGGACGGCCCGACUGCUUUGACAAUAGUGACGAGAAGGGCUGCUCCAGGGUGAUCCAGUCCAAAUGCUCCCCGACUUUCUUCCCCUGUGCCAACGGCGUCCACUGCAUCAUCGGGCGGUUCCACUGCAACGGCUUCCCAGACUGUCCAGAUGGCAGCGACGAGCACGACUGCGAGGAGAACGCUGAGUUGUGUGCCAGCGCCAGCAGGUUCCACUGCAACAACGGCCGCUGUGUCCACCGCAGCUUCCUGUGCAACGGCGACGACAACUGCAGGGACAACAGCGACGAGGACAACUGCGAGCUCACCACAGUCGCGGCGCCCCAUCGAGACCUGUCCCAGCUGGACUACUCGGGCAUGACGGGGGUGGUGACGUGCUGCGCCCUGUUCAUCGGCCUGCUGUCCGCCCUGUUCGGCCUGGUCCUGCAUCACCAGCGCAAGCGCGGCAUCCUGACCGGCGGCCACGGCACCCACGGCACCCAGGCCCGCCACCGCCGCCACCAGCCGCUGCUGCUGCUGUCCCACUUCGUCGUCCUGGACCCGGGGUACCCGCGCCUGUCCCCACCCUCCACCGCGCCCUCCAGCCCCAGCCCUUUCUCCUGCAGUCCGCAGGCUCGUCCGCUCCCCGCCGGCUCUCCGCCGUCAUACUCAGAGGCAGCGCUGGACUCCAGCUAUCCAUCCUGGUUUGACCUUCCACCUCCCCCCUACCUGGCCGAUGCAGUGGGCCUGCCCCAGACCACCCCAGAUCUGCCCACGUAUGAAGCCUCUGUGGAGCAGAGACCCUCUCUGGAGCCCCCCCCUCACGACAGCCCAGCACACAGCCCUCCCAACGCAACCCCACUCAGGGAUUAGCACUUCAGCAGGACUUCAGCAGGAACUCAGCAGGACUUCAGCAGGAACUCACAGCACUCUCAAGCACGUAGAGGAGUGGAUGCGUGCCCAACAGCACUCUCAUCAUAACUACACAGCACCUGUCCUUUAAACAUGUUACUGAAGGCAUGUCUUCAGAAUGCUUUUUUUUUUUUUCUGGAACUCAUAUUUGUUUUGUUUUUCCUCGCUGGCAGUUAACUCUUCCUACAGCAUCACUAUCUGAAACGUGAUGGUUAAACGGUUGUAGUGUGAAGGACGCAAAGAAGGAAUGAGGAACAUGACUGAAAAUUACCGCUUGUGUGAUUCACACAAGAAAUGCUUCUUCUCUACUGUCCUCUUUCUUGUGAAAUCAUGAAGAAUGCACACUGUGCCAUAUUAUGUUUGAUAAUUGGAAAGUAACUGUAAACUACUUGCAGUUGUGUUACACUAUUUCACUGCCACAAGCAGAGACAGAAGAGACUGUUUGAAGUAAAUAAUGAGGAAAUACAGAAUACAGUUGUAACAACUGGAGAAGUGAACGUGGCAAGGACUUCAUCUGUAUGAUUAUACUGCUCUCUAGUGGACGUUCUGGUAUUGCAUGAGUUUUGAGAGGAACAUGCACUAGGUUGGGGACCUGACCAGCCGUGUAAAAUGGACUUUCUGUUGAAUAACAGAGCUGUAGAAGUUCCAGAUAUUUGUUAAACUCUUACACCACUGGAACUGUACAUUUUGUUCGAGUUGACUGUAUUCCUUUACUCACACAGUUCCCUGACAUUACCUAUUUAGAGAAAUAUUUUUGUAAGAAAUGAUGAAGGAGGAACUCAAUACAAAACAGCUAUCAGACAGCUUUUAUUUAUGAAAAACAAUGUUCUGCAAUAUCCAUGUCAUUGUGUUAUGUGAUUAUUGACAAUGUUACGUGUUAACAUGUAGAAUCCACUAGGUGGCGCUCCUCACAUUUCAAAAUGCUGCUGUUUGUCUUGUCAUUCAUAAAGACCAUAUGAAGUCA